AUGCUGACUUCCAUCUUAGUGAUUGCUGUUCUUGCAGCUGCCUUUCCCACCUCUCACGCACAGUCCUCGUCCUCUCCAGUGACCUCUACUGCCUGCAAUGGCAAGCCCUAUGUCUACCAAGAGCUUGCCGGCUAUGGGUCCUUGCCGGGCAACGCACGCGAUAAGUUCGGCGACACCUUGGGCGGGAUAGGAAGCUCCAUUGCGCUGGAGAGAGGCUCGUGGAGGAAGCGAGGACGGUCCUACGAAGGCAUUAUGUGGACGCUGCCCGAUCGCGGUUGGAACACCGAAGGAACUUUGAACUACCAGACCCGGGUCCACCAGUUUAAGAUCACUUUUACACCAAACACCAGCGCAACACUCAGCAAUCCUGCGCCGCCAAACCUCCAGCUGCAGUACCUGGACAGCGUCGCAUUCACUGGUCCCGACGGCGCCCCCGCCACUGGCCUCGACGCUGAUGCAACCCGCUCCCUCUCUUACAACGGUUUCCCUCCCUUGCCCGCUGCCACCUACGAAGGAGAUGGAUUUGGGGAUCCUGGGCCAGGUGGGAAGCGGAUCUCCAUGGAUUGCGAGGGCCUCGUCCUAGGGAAGGAUGGCUCAAUCUGGGUUAGCGACGAGUACGGCCCAUACAUUUACAAGUUCAACCGCCGCGGCAGGAUGGUCGCUGCUAUCAGGCCGCCGGAUGCUUUCAUCCCACGGCGCAACGGCACUGAAAUCUUCAACUCCGAUACUCCGCCUGUCUAUGACCCGGAGCGGGAGAUCAUCCCCCAACUUCCCGAGAGCGGUCGAAACAACAACCAGGGCCUUGAAGGCAUGACCGUGAGCCCCAACGGUGACACUCUCUACAUCCUCAUGCAGUCAGCCCUCAUUCAGGAUGGUGGCGCGACGAGCUCCAACCGCCGCUACACCCGCCUCCUCAUCUACGACAUCUCCGGUCGUCACCCAAGACAAAUCGCCGAGCACGUAGUCCCACUUCCCACCUUCGCCUCUGGCUCCAGCACAAGGGUCGCCGCACAGUCUGAGAUCCUGUACAUCUCCAAAACGCAAUUCCUCAUCCUGGCGCGGGAUUCCGGCGCCGGUCGCGGCCAGGACGAGUCGCUGUCCCUGUACCGCCACGCGGACGUGUUCGACAUCUCGAACGCGACCAACGUGAUGAGUGCGCAGUACGAUGCGGUCAAUGGGUCUAUUGCUAGCGCUGCGGGCGUUUUGAGGGCCGGAAUUGUCCCCGCGACCUACUGCAGUUUCCUCGAUUUCAAUAACAAUGACCAGCUCGGUCGAUUCGGACUGCACAACGGCGGCGAGCAGGACUCAGGGCUCUUGAACGAGAAGUGGGAGGGGCUGGCCCUGGCGCCUGUGGAUGGGGCGGGUGGGAAGGAUGGCGAGUAUUUCCUGUUCUCGUUCUCGGAUAAUGACUUUAUCACACAGGAUGGCUAUAUGAGAGGUGGGACUCUCCCGUAUGCGGAUAGCUCCGGCUUCAACCUCGACAACCAAGCUUUGGUGUUCAAGGUCAAGUUGCCCGUUUCACGAUCGGGUGGGAACCAGCCGCACAAGUCGCGGUGA